AUGACAGCCGCAUCGUACUUCCCAGAAUAUAUUCGCGCUAGGAUUUCAGCCGGUAUAAUGUUUACAAUGAUGCGAAGACGACCAAAGAUUGAUAACAUGAGCUAUCAAGGUGAAAAACCAGAAAUCAAAGGCGAUGUUGCUCUGAGGAACGUAUACUUUUCCUAUCCGGCUCGACAACGAGCGCUUAUUCUGCAGGGAGUGAAUAUCGCAGCAAAACACGGUCAAACUGUUGCUCUUGUUGGUCCUAGCGGAUGCGGAAAGAGCACCAUAAUCCAACUUAUUGAACGAUAUUACGAUACCUUAUGCGGAUCUGUGGUAAGUGCCUCACCUAAGCAAACUGCUGGAACUGAAUUGACAAAGUUGUCAUUCACUAUUUUAACUUCCCAGAGUAUUGACAAUUAUGACAUUCGUGAUUUGUCCAUCCGUCAUAUGAGAGACAACAUGGCUCUU